AGAUUCGAUACCUCAGUCUUUCGUUUGCAAACGCCCGCCUCGUCACGAAUGGCUCUGCGAUCGCAUUAGCUCGAUCAAUCUCAAAUUGGUGGAAUGCUUCUUGUCAUUUUUUAUCCCGUGAUUCUCCGCGAUUCUUGCCGAUUUUGCAAGUGUACACGAAGCAUCCGAGAGGUUAUUGCUGACUCAAACGGCUGUUUCAUUGAAGGAAGGCUGGAAUACUAGCCUAGAUUGCAACUCGGCCACGUGGUCGGUUAAUAUGGAUCUGGAAAAUCAUCGGAAAAGUUCUGACAAAAGGUUAACGAGAGAGCUUAUGUCUUUUCCUCUUUAGCUUCGACACCGAUGACGAUUCUGACUACGCUAUGAUACGGCAGAUAAAGAUGGAACCCGAAGCAAUGUUCUCAUCUGCUGAAGAUGAUAUAAUGGCCCAGCUGCAACAGGACAGUUCCGAUCUGGAAGUUGAGCCUAGCUUCGCGUUGGAAGGCUCCUUGAACGGCGAGUAUGGCAAUGACGGUGUACUGAUGCAGCAUAUGGACAUCAGAGAGCCCUUGUCUACAUUGAGAAGCCUCCUGGAGGACAGGCUCAACGUAGAUUUAAAGAAUUACUCAUUUUGGUUACAAAACACACAAAUGCUAGAGAGCCACAAGAAUCUGGUUGAUCAAUGCGUCCAAGGAGAAGGGUUAGUUCAGAUCAAUGUACAAAUAAAACCAAUGCAGAAACGUAUCAAUAUAGUGGACGUUCUUAAGCCGGCGGAUGAUUUCUUUGAAGUUGUGGAAAAUAAUUCACCGGUGCCCCCUGUUCAGGAAAACAAACGGAAUGUCAUAAGAUGGAUGAUAGAUCCGCACUAUAAAAAGGAGCAGGAACGAUUGAAAAUACCAAAUGAUCCAAGAAACUGGUCUGAAACGCACGUGAAGCAUUGGCUACAAUGGGCUGUUAGACAAUUCAAUAUAGUAUCAUUACGUUUGGCCGAUUGGAAUAUAACUGGUGCGCAGUUGUGUAACCUUACGCUGGAGGAGUUUCAUGCAAAAGUGCCUCUUGACCCAGGAGAUGUGUUUUGGACGCAUUUCGAACUUCUUAGGAAAUGCAGAUUUGUCGCCGUUGUACAAAAAGAUACACCGGAUUCGCCCAACGAAGGUGUUACGGAAAAGUCUAUUAAAGUACGAAGUCAAAAAGCAACAAAACCGAAAACUACUGUAAAUCAACAGGCGCGUGUAGUUAGCGUGCCACUGGAGAAUAUCGAUCCGAUCGCUAUUGCCGGUUCUAGUCGAACCGUCAAUAGUGGUCAGAUACAGCUGUGGCAAUUUUUGCUAGAAUUGUUAACAGACAAGGAAUAUAGAAGCGCGAUUCAGUGGAUAGGGACUGAAGGAGAGUUCAAGCUUAAUCAGCCGGAGGCAGUGGCGCAAUUGUGGGGUGCUCGCAAAAAUAAGCCGUCAAUGAAUUACGAGAAACUGAGUCGGGCGCUUCGAUAUUAUUACGACGGUGACAUGAUUUCUAAGGUUCACGGCAAACGAUUUGUCUACAAAUUUGUUUGCAACUUGAAGGAGUUGUUAGGCUAUUCAGCAGAAGAAUUGAGUAAACUUGUUGACGAAGGAAGACGAUAUUUCUGAUGAAACCAUAUUUUUUCGGUUAUUGUUAAUAAUAAUAAUAAUAAUAAUAAAAUAAUUUUUAUUGUAAGCGCGUUUCAUCUCAUGACAUUGAUAUCACUGUUGUGAUCAACAUUAUUAUUUUAUUUAACAUAAUUAUUUAUGUUUUCAACACUGAUUGGAGCUCUGCAGCAUGUUACUAUUAGUACAUUACAGGAAAGUCUUAUAACGGUACAAUCACUAUUGAAAUAUUCUUUUAUCAAUUAAAUAUAUCGCAUUUUUUUUCAUUUACUAUAAAUAUCUUUGCAUGUCUUUUUUAAUACGAGUUAAGUAAAUACUUUGGAAGGUAACAUUUUAUACAAAUCACAAAACAUUUAUUGAUGUUGAUAUAAAAAUAGAUUUUCAGUAUAAAUUAGAAGCGUUCAUUAGAUCUUACAACAGGGUGUUUACUAUUUUAUAAAAGAAUUCUCUGAGAGUUUCUGGAUUUCUCAGGAAUUUUAUUCAAAAUUCCAGGAAAGAUGAAUUUUUAAAAAUACAGUUUUGAAAUGAAUACGUACUAUCGUAUAUUUAUUGUACAUUUUAAUAAUUCUUAAUUACAAAAUAAUACAAUCAUAAAAAAGCUACUUGAGUUUUGAAUAUUAAAUUCGAAAAAGUACUAAGAAGGAAUAAUAUAGAUUAGAUAUGGCAAAUAACGAUCUGUUUGGAAUACGUCUGUACUUCCAGCUAACUUGCUGGAAGUACAGAAUUUGAAAAAUGAUUAAACAUCAAUUUAGAACAAUUUGUUAUUAAUUUCUUUUUUAUAAAAACAAAUCACAUGAGAAUAUGUAUAUUACCAAUCAAUUUUGAACUAUCAGAAAGAAACUAUUUUGUUAGAAAAAAAGGUAGAAUUUAAAUUUAAAAGUAAAACUGCAAACUUUUCCUGAUUAUCAAUAAAAUCCCAUGAAAAUCCAUGAUGUUCAAAGAUAAAAAAACAAAUUUCUUGAGAAUUCCAGAUUUUCUUCAUUUUCUUCGGUAGUGAACAUCCUGAUACAAGCAUGCUUGAAAUAGUGCAAUAUUGUGUAAAACAAAAUCUCGAACAUUGUUUACUUAUAAACUUUUAUAAGGCAUUUAUUUAUUAGUAUGAAUUUACGUACAGAUAACAUUGCAAAUUUUUUUUUCACGCCUUUGUAUUAAAAACUGAAAUAUGCAUUAAAUUUAAUUUUGGUUAUGACCAAAAACUUAAAGUAAUGUAUUAUAGCAUUUGUGCUAGGUAUCGCGUCUUGUCGAUUUUAAGGAGUUUGUAUAUAAGAAUCAGUUACAUAACACAAAGUUUAAAUAUAUUUAAUCAAUAACGAUAUAUUUUUUUAUUAUGGAGAUAAAUGUUGAUAUGUAAAAUUUUAAGGCCAAACAAGGUAUAAAUAUUUUACAAAAUGCGCUUUAAUAAAAGAAAAGACGAUAUUGUAAUCCUGAAGUUUUCGAAUAAAUAACGACUCUUGCACAGAA